CGUCAUUAUUAUCAUAGUCAAAAUCAAUUACCUCAACCACAACUAAGUCAUUAUUUAAUUAAUCUUCAUUCUUGGAAAUUAACUCAUCAACCACAUGAACCAACUCUUCAUUGGAAUUAUCGCUUUCGUCAACAACAACACCUACAAAUCGAUUUAGAAGAAGAAGAUCAAUCAAUUUAUUGUCCUAAAAUUCUUAAUUUUCCAUUAAUGUCUAAACGUCGAAGGGAAUUCUCGCCAUCUCUUGAAAUAUCAAAUAAACGUGAAAAAUCUUCUCAUUUUGAAUUAAAACUUCCAAAACGAAUAUGGUCAAAUACAAAUUAUGAAGAACAUUUAAUAAAAAGUCGUUAUUAUCAUUUUAAUUUUCAUAUAAUAAGUUAUAAUAUUUUUGCUCAAAAAUUGAUUAAAAAUAAUUUAUUUGUUAUAUGA